CGUAGAGUUGUAGGAAGCGCAGUAGUGUGCGUGCGCCUGGCAGCAGAAAUGGCGGACGUGGUGUCUCUCUUCAUGUCAAUUGGUCUUAGUGAACAGAAAGCGAAGGAAACUCAAAAGAAUGAGACCCUCUCUUCGAAUCUCAAGAAAGCUAUUGAACAGGCUGUAGGGCUGCUGGGGUCCGCCAGCAUUGAUAAGACUGCAGGCACUCUACUGUACAGUAUGGUGAGUCGACUCAAAGAUCCGAAUCGACUGUCCGUCCUCACAGAAUACAUCAUCAAACAAAAAAUAACCACCGAUCUGCAGCUGUCAGCUGCGUUGGACUUUAUGAAGAGUCAUCCUCAGGACCCUGUGGACUGGAAAGCGUUUGAGACGUUCUGUGGAGUUGGUGUGGUGGUCACACCUGAGCAGAUCGAGGAUGCGGUGGAGUCUAUCAUCAGGAAGUACAAGGGUCAGCUGUUGGUAGAAAGAUAUCGCUUCAACAUGGGCUUACUCAUGGGAGAGGCCAGAGCUGCUCUCAAAUGGGCUGAUGGCAAGAUUUUAAAGAAUGAAGUGGAUAUGCAGGUGUUGCAUCUUCUGGGUCCAAAAACCGAAGCAGACCUGGAGAAAAAGCCCAAGGCAGCCAAACCCAAAGCGGUUGAGAAAGACCUGAACCCGAAACAGGAUUCUGCUGUAAACGGUGACGGGAACACGGAGGGGAAAUCUUUGAUGGAGCAGCUGAGAGGUGAAGCUCUCAAGUUCCACAAGCCAGGAGAGAAUUACAAGACGGAGGGUUAUAUUUUGACCCCCAACACCAUGACAUUACUGAAGAAGCACUUGGAAACCACUCGUGGACAGGUCCGCACGCGUUUUCCUCCUGAGCCCAAUGGCAUUCUGCACAUUGGUCAUGCCAAAGCUAUUAACUUCAACUUUGGUUAUGCCAAGGCCAACAACGGCAUUUGCUUCCUGCGUUAUGACGACACAAACCCAGAGAAAGAGGAGGAGAAAUACUUUACCGCCAUCAAAGACAUGGUGGAGUGGCUUGGGUACCAACCAUAUGACAUCACGCACGCGUCAGAUAAUUUCCAGCGUCUCUACGAUCUUGCUGUCGAUCUCAUUCGCAGGGGUCAUGCGUACGUGUGCCACCAGCGUGGUGAGGAGCUGAAGGGUCACAAUGUCCCUCCCUCACCCUGGAGAGAUCGGCCUGUGGAGGAGUCUCUAAUCCUGUUUGAAAGGAUGAAGAAGGGCAUGUUUGCGGAGGGAGAGGUCACUCUCAGGAUGAAACUGGUCAUGGAAGAUGGAAAAAUGGACCCGGUGGCCUAUCGGAUCAAAUACACGCCACAUCACAGGACGGGAGAUACCUGGUGCAUAUACCCCACGUAUGACUACACACACUGUUUGUGUGACUCCAUUGAAGACAUUACACACUCUCUCUGCACCAAAGAGUUCCAGGCCAGGCGGUCGUCGUAUUUCUGGCUGUGCAACGCUCUUGAUGUGUACUGCCCUGUGCAGUGGGAAUACGGCCGACUCAACCUCACUUACACUGUCGUCUCCAAAAGAAAGAUCAUCAAACUGGUUGAAACUGGAGUUGUAAGGGAUUGGGACGAUCCACGUCUGUUCACCCUCACAGCUCUCCGGAGGCGUGGCUUCCCUCCACAAGCCAUCAACAAUUUCUGUGCCCGGGUGGGCGUGACAGUUUCACAGACCACCAUGGAGCCACACUUGCUUGAGGCGUGCGUCAGGGAUGUGCUUAAUGACACCGCUCCCCGCGUUAUGGCUGUGCUUGAGCCCCUUAAAGUCACCAUCACCAAUCUGCCUGCCAAUGCAAAGAAAGAGAUUCAGGUCCCAGACUUCCCUGCAAGUGAGUCCAAGGGCAGUCAUGUGGUUCCUUUCUCAAAGACUCUCUUUAUUGAGCAGAAUGACUUCAGGGAGGUGAUGGAGAAGGGCUAUAAGCGUCUGACUCCAGAUCAGCCGGUGGGCCUGAGACAUGCAGGAUACGUCAUUUCUGUGCAGCGUGUCAUCAAGGAUGGCAGUGGCAAAGUGUCUGAGUUGGAGGUGACGUGUGCCAGUUCAGACUCUGUGGACAAACCCAAAGCAUUUAUUCACUGGGUGAGCGAGCCUCUGCAAUGUGAAGUGCGCCUUUAUGAACGCCUCUUCCUCCAUAAAAACCCAGAGGACCCAGCAGAGGUCCCUGCAGGAUUCCUUUGUGACAUUAACCCUGAUUCUUUGGAUGUGGUUGAAAGUGCCUUAGUGGACCGGUCUGUGAGCACAGCCAAAGUGUUUGAUAAGUUUCAGUUUGAGAGACUGGGUUAUUUCUCUGUUGAUCCUGAUAGCACGCCAGAAAAGCUGGUGUUUAACCGGACUGUUACACUCAAGGAGGAUCCAGGAAAGAUAUGACUGCCAGAAAACAGCCAAAAGCAGAAAGUUGUGUGAGAUUUCCUAACCAGGGAAAUCAUCCAAAUACUAUAUGAAGCCUUUUUCACCAGUGUUCAACUGUUUUAUAAGUCUUUACACGCCGCUGAGUUCUGCCAAUGAAAUAUAAAAUAAAAUAUUUAAGUAAA